CUCGACCUCGAAGCCCUCCACCGCUUCCACUCCCGCCGUGGCUGAGGCCGGCGCGUCCACAUCGACGGGCGGCGGCGGCAAAAAGAGGAAGAACAAGAAGAAGAAGGGCAAGGGCGGUCAGUAGUUGCCCCACCAUCUCUUGCUAUCUCUAGCACAGCUAUCCUAUCCGCAUGCAUUCUGUAUCCCGGCUUACGGUAGCGAGUGAAGAUCCGAUGCCUCCGCCGUACCCUACCUCAGCGGCAUUUGCGGCCGCAGCCCACGCCUUCGUGAACAAGUAUCCACGUGAGCGGGGUGCGGGCCUCGGUCCCGACCGCACGAACGCGGGCUGGGAGUGGCGCACGACGAGUGAUCGGGUGAGCGCAGCAUACGCGCGCAAGACGAUGACGGGGCUGAUCCUAGUUCCGGGGCGAGCAGGGGUAUCUCGCGCGACGGACGACGCUGUGGCUCGCCCCUGACGAAGAGGCGGGCAGCGAAGACGAGGAGGAGAUGCUGGAAGAAGACGACGACGCGGUGGCGCCGCCGCCCCCGCGCCGCCUCGAGGUCGAGUACAGCGUCGUGUGGAGCGCGAGUUAUCGUGUCCCGAUGCUGUGUUUCCGCGCGUGGGACGAGAGCGGCACGCCCGCACCCCUCGCGACCGUCGCUGCGCACCUCCUCCGUGCGUCGAUUCCGACGGAUACGGCGCCUGGCUCGCGCCCCGACGCGCUACUCCUCCCCGCUGCGCCGUUCCCGCUUAUCCAGGCCGGCGAGCAUCCCGUCACGGGCAUCGCGGUGUGGAGCGUCCACCCGUGCGAGGUGCGCAACGCCGUCGAAGAGAUCGUGAGGGCGGAGGGAGGGGAGGGGGACCGCGGACUGCGAUGGCUCGAGGCGUGGUUCAUGCUGUCCGACUCGGUUGUUGAUUUGACUUUAUAGCGGUUAGUGUUUUGGGUCUUUUACG